AUGUCGACAGAAGAGGCAGUAUUCCAAUCAUAAGUAUUAGAUAAAAGAAUUGAUCUCACAUUUGAAUAAGAUGAGAAAUUGAUAAUAAUUGAAUUAAAUCCCCAAAUGGUUUAAUAAGAAUUAAAAGCUCAAUUCCAAUAAUUGAAUACAAUUAUUAUCAGAUACCUCGACUAUGCUCUAUAAAAUUGUCUGGAAAUUUAAUAUAAAAAACAUCAAUUGAUUAUUACAUCAUAAUAAGCAACUGUCAAACUUACUGAUAAAAGAAUUGUUAUGUUUACAAAUGAUAAAGAUCAGCUGGUGGAUACAUAAGGAAUAUGGAUAUAUUUGAAUAAAAACACCUUAGAUUUAAUGAUUGGAUAUGGGGAGGCAAGGAUAGAAACUUAGGUGUCUAUUUAUAAAAUGGAGUCAGUUCAGAAAAAUAUCAAGGCAAUCACAUCUGUUGUAAUUUGGCAAGAAUCCAUUCCCAUAAAUAUCUUGCCAAGUCUUAUGUAUAACCACAAGGGUUCUCUAAGACCAGUAAGGAUUCAUACGAAGGAUCAUUUUAUUCCCUCUCUUAGCGAGUCUAUCUUACAAAAUUGUUAAAAUAUUUUUCAAUUGAAUUAAGGAAAAUAAGCUAAGCAAUUGGCAGCUGAAAUUGAGGAUUUAUAUUAGUCAGCAUCCUAAGUUGAAUUGCAGAAAAUUGAAUAAUCAGAAAGCUCUUAAUAUCCUUAGAAGGGAGCUAGAUUCAGUUUAGGAGAGUUGAUUCAUCAUAGUGUUACAAUCCCAGGAUGCAAAUUAAACUAAAUACUCUAAAAGAAAAAAGCAACUGCUUAACAGAAUGGUUUAGAUCCCUAUAUGUCAUAUAUAAGGUUGGGCUUAGGCCAUUUUAAUAAAGAUUCAGCAGGUCAUUAAUUUGUCUUAGAAAUUUGGCCUUUCAAACAUUAUUCAUCUAUCCAUGAUCAUGCAGGAUAAUAUGGGUUGGUUAAGGUCUUAUAAGGAGUAAUUGAUAUAAGCAUUUAUGCAAUUUUAUCAAAUGCUAAACAUUUGAUGAAUCCGAUAAAAACGCUUACAUGCAAUCAAAAUGAUAUGACAUGGUUGUCUCCUAAACUAAAUCAAGUUCAUUAAUUAAAAAACUUCUAUCCAUAAACAACUAUAACUUUAUAAUGUUAUAAGUAUUCUCAAAAGAGUUAAAAUAAAGUUAAGAAUUUUGCAUAUGUUGCAAAUGAAUAAUAUAAAAAAUUUAAUCCUGUCUCAGAUUUUCCAGAUAUAGAAUUACAUUAAAUUUUUAAAGAAUUGGUUGCAGAAUAUUCUAAUCUGCAUACAUUAAAAUGA